AUGGCGCUGCUCCUGCUGGGCCUGGUGCUGAGCCUGGCCUCGGCUCAGGAGUUCCACUCUGAGGAGAUUGUGGACCAGGACUUCAACAUGGCCAGGGUCGAGGGGUCCUGGUUCUUGAUAUCCUUGGCCUCCAACAACAUGACAAGGAUUGGGGUUACUGGAGACCUGCAACUCUAUAUCCGGGACAUCAAGUUCCUGGAUGGCAACCUCAAGUUCAGCUUCCGCUUCAUGCUGCAGGGGCAGUGUGAGCCCGUGACUGUGCUCUGCAAGAAGACCCAGAGAAAUGGAGAGUUCUCCAUUGCCUACGAGGGGGAGAACAAGGUGCUGGUCUUGGAGACCAACUACUGGAUGUACGUCAUCUUCUACCUGCGGAACAUCCAAAACGGCAUCGAGACCCGCGUGCUGGCUCUCUAUGGACGCAUCCCAACACUCAGCAGACCCUACCUGGACAGAUUUAAAAUGGCUUACAGCAAAUACGGGAUGCACCCAAGCAACGCCAUCGACAUGGCCCAGAAAGGCUUUUCUGGAACACAGAUCGAGCGUAUGGUGGCCAAGCUGCUCUGGACACUCUGGCCUGACUUCCUGCUGACCCUGAAGCCUGUGUUCCUUCAGCCCCCGGGCAUGGGUGCCCAGAGUCUUAACAUCAGGGCGCUUUCGCAAUGCAGUGGGCACCCGGCUGACUCCAAGGUUCUGUGGGAUGCCCCAGUGGACUGUUGA